AGUGCACUCCCACUUCCGGUGUCAUGGCAGCCUGAAGUCCCGGGAGUCGGUGCGGGCGCUGGAGGCCCCUCCCUGCGGAGCGGCGGGUCCGGGCGGGGAUGUGACGGCGGGCGCCGCGGGCCUGCCUGGCGCGUCGUGUCGGCUCGCGAGUCCUCGCCCUAGCCCGCACCAUGGCGGGGUCCGGCUGCGCGUGGGGCGCGGAGCCGCCGCGCUUCCUGGAGGCCUUCGGGCGGCUGUGGCAGGUACAGAGCCGCCUGGGCAGCGGCUCCUCGGCCUCGGUGUACCGGGUGCGCUGCUGCGGUACCCCGGGCUCGCCCCCCGGUGCCCUCAAGCAGUUCCUGCCUCCGGGAACCACCGGGGCUGCGGCCUCGGCCGCGGAGUAUGGUUUCCGCAAAGAGAGGGCAGCGCUGGAGCAGUUGCAGGGUCACAGGAACAUCGUGACGUUGUAUGGAGUCUUCACCAUCCACUUCUCUCCAAACGUGCCGUCGCGCUGUCUGCUGCUUGAGCUCCUGGAUGUCAGUGUGUCGGAAUUGCUUCUGUACUCCAGUCACCAGGGUUGCUCCAUGUGGAUGAUCCAGCACUGUGCCAGAGAUGUCCUGGAGGCCCUCGCUUUCCUUCACCACGAGGGCUAUGUCCACGCAGACCUCAAGCCCCGGAACAUCCUGUGGAGUGCGGAGAACGAGUGCUUCAAGCUUAUCGACUUUGGACUCACCUUCAAAGAAGGCAAUCAGGAUGUAAAGUAUAUUCAGACAGACGGGUAUCGAGCUCCUGAAGCAGAACUGCAAAAUUGCUUGGCCCAGGCCGGCCUGCAGAGUGAUACAGAAUGUACCUCAGCUGUUGAUCUGUGGAGCCUUGGAAUCAUUUUACUGGAAAUGUUCUCAGGAAUGAAACUGAAACAUACAGUCAGAUCUCAGGAAUGGAAGGCAAACAGUUCUGCUAUUAUUGAUCAUAUAUUUGCCAGUAAAGCAGUGGUGAAUGCCGCAAUUCCAGCCUAUCACCUCAGAGACCUUAUCAAAAGCAUGCUUCAUGACGACCCAAGCAGAAGGAUCCCUGCUGAGAUGGCGUUGUGCAGCCCGUUCUUUAGCAUUCCUUUUGCCCCUCAUAUUGAAGAUCUGGUGAUGCUCCCGACUCCAGUGCUCAGACUCCUCAAUGUGCUGGAUGAUGACUAUCUUGAGAAUGAAGAUGAAUAUGAAGAUGUUGUAGAAGAUGUAAAAGAGGAAUGUCAGAAAUAUGGACCAGUGGUUUCUCUGCUUGUUCCAAAGGAGAAUCCUGGCAGAGGACAAGUCUUUGUUGAGUACGCAAACGCUGGCGAUUCCAAAGCUGCUCAGAAAUUGCUGACUGGGAGGAUGUUUGACGGGAAGUUUGUUGUGGCUACAUUCUACCCGCUGAGUGCCUACAAGAGGGGAUAUCUUUAUCAAACCUUGCUUUAACCAGUAACCUAAGGACUAUUUCCCGUUCUCCUCUUCCAUUUCUUGGAUUAUUAUAUUCCACAGCUGAAUGCAGGAGCACCCCUUUACCCAUUUUAAAGGGUACCUUGUACAUUUAUUUAAUCCUACUAAAUGUGCAGCCAUUGCCCAAACGGUGACUGCAUUGCAAACACGGCACUGAGUAGGACACAACCUCUCAGCUAUGCAUUGAGGGGCUCAGAGCACCCACGGGGCACCCUUUAUUUGUGCAGUAGGGCAGGUGCUGCUCUUUACUAUGUAACCUAAAAAGAUGUCAUUUCAUGUGAUGAUGAAACAGAGAUGGGUCAUUUGUCAUAGUGAAUAUUAGUAACAAAUUUGUUAGGGUUGGUGACAUCUCAGAAUAUGUGUUUGUAUUGUCAGGUGUAUCUCCUUGUUGUUCUAGCUGGCACUGGAUGCUCUAAUAAUGUUACGUCAUUGGCAAGCAGCAGUUACCUACCGUGUUCUUAGCAAUGAGUUGUGAAUUUUUCUAAAGGAGUACUGUAGGACUUAAUAUUCCUCUGAAGAAACUGCAGUGAGCCAAUCAAUGUUUUUAAAAUUACUAUUAAGGCUUUUAAAAUAGAAAGCUGAUGCUUGAUCUUGCACAAUUUUUAUGUCUAGUGUGUGUGCUUGAGUGGGUGUGCAGGUGUGAAAGACAAUAGAGAAAUCUGAGUCAGUGUACUUUACAGUGUGAGUCUUGUGAGCUAAUACAGUCGAUAACCAUUUCUUCCUACCUGUUUCACACUUGAGAGACUUGGGCUAAGGUUUCUUGAAAGUUGUUCUGACAGACAGAAUGUAAAUGACAGAGUUCUUUACUGUAAAGUGCAGAACAACGUGGAGGCUGGACCAGGGUUCCACACAGCUCUUCAGAGUGUUAGUUAGCCCAGACUCUGCUCUACGGUAGACCCAAGAUUAGCUUAUCUCUUUUGUACUGAAUCUCUUGUAAUAAUUGUGAAGUUUUUCCAGGUGUGAUUCUGCUAUAAUGGGAAAUUGAAGUUAGAUGCACAGUGACGGGAAAAGAGCAAAGUGCAGAGAAGGCAGCUAUCACAGUCCCUCCGCCCGGCCUCCUGGCUGCCCGGCUGCCCUGUCCCCUUCCUCUCCUUUCCCCAUGGCCUCUGUCUACAGCUGGAGGGCAGUGUCCCGAGUCAUCUGCUUUUGACUGUAAGGGGAAGAAACGUUGAUGUAUUAUAAGGUUGAAGUAGAAAGGAAGAAAACUCGGUUUCUAAAAGAACAAUAACAAUCUGGUGUGUCGUGAUAGAGGAUGCCUGUGGUCAUGAGUCUGUGGGCGCAGCCUGACUGUAGUUGAGGAAUAUGAGUGUGGAUUCUUCCUGCUCUGCAGUAGAUUGCCUUGAAAGGUGUAAAGUUAGAAACUUUUGUAAAGCACUGAUUAUACAAGAUAACCCACAAAUUGUACACUUGUUACGGAGUUUUUCUUAUUUCCUUACCUGAAUGAAAGUUUUAUUUAUUUAUUUUCCCUUAGGAAAGAGAGUUUGUUUCUUUUCCUGCUGGCAGCCUGCUUAUAUAGUCGUUUGUCCAUGCCAUUCAGGUUUCUGAAAACUCCAUUAAAACUUGCAUUUUAGAGGAUGAACUAUUUUACCCUGUUUAGACAUUUACUGUCCAACAUUUGUUAGUAUAAUCAAAUUAUUCAGAGAUCCCUGUUACGAAGUUAAAUUUGGUAUAAGGGGAUUUAAUGAUGAAUUACCUCUGCUUUUAUGUUGUGGUCCCUGAUGUGUGUCUUAGGAAGAAGGCUUUUUCGGGGGUUCAUUGGGUGGUUGGUUUUCAAGUCAAACUUGAAGAACAUAGAAUUAGGACUGUGAAGUCCUAACUAAGCUUUCCUAAAACAUACAUACUUACACAAGCUGCUGUGGUCAUUACUAUCAGGUCUCUACGUUUCUACUGAUGGACACAAGAUACAAGUGGAUUCUUUUGAAGGGCAAGUAUGGUUAGCACCUGUUCCUACAUCUCCUAAAAUAGAGAUCUAGCAACACUGCAGGUAGGUUCCCGGCCUUAUCGCGCAGUGUGCUGCUAACAGUGCUGUACUCACAGCGCUCUGUGAGCCUCCUUGUUGCGGAGGUAGGUGUGCAUGUGUGUAGGGUGUGACGUGUACACUCGGUACAGAUGAUGCUAGCCGGACUUCAAGGGAGCGGAGGAAGUAAAUAAGUGAGCCCAAGUAAUUACAUUGAAUUCACUGGAUUAGAUAGGUUAUAUUGAAGCCACAGACUUGACAACAGAAGAUAAUCUACUAUGAUCUAAACCGUUGUGUGAUAGCUCUUCCGCCCAUUUUACCAAAGAGGACAGCUGCAAAUUCCUCCUCUGAUACUAUCAGGACUUUCAUUUUAAUAUCUUUCUUAAACUGGGACCAAAUAAAUACUACAAAAGAUGCAAUUUUCACAUAGAUAUAUGCACAGGAAUUUUAAUUCUUUGAAUUUAUUAAAAACCUAGAAUUCUCUUACUAAGGGGUGAAGAGCGAAAGCCCGUGUUACUUAGUCCCUGUGUUUGGGGACAGAUUUUAUCUCAGGUAGUUUUUUUCUCUCCCUGUAUGAAGAUUUGUGCUUCCUUCCCUCUUGCCUUCUUACGUUCUUCUUUAUUUUUACAUGGUACUACUGCACAGUGGUACAUUUUGUCCCUGAUAAGGCACAGAAAGUGAUUGCCCAUGGGGAAAUUUUGGGUUCUUUAGAAGUAUUUGGAGGAGGUGACUUGCAGCCAUUAUCAAAACUAUAAUUCAGUAGUUUGAAGAGAAUAAUAGAGUUGGACACCCCAGUAAGGUAUUGUCUGCAUUUCACCAUAAGUCUGCAGUUCUUAUGACUGGAGACACUUCUACCUUUGUGACCAGUGUCUGUCUUUGGGAACUCUUCCUUUCUGCUAUCCCUUGAGCUAAAUUUAUGGCUGCUUUUAGAAUUAAAUGACUCCCAUAGUUUUACUUAACUGCCUCUGUUUUAAUUGAGAGAGUUGUGGUCUUCUCGUUGUGAUGUAGCUGCUGAAGAGUGCUGAGAUAUGUUAACCUGUCAACAGCUGUGCUGCCACCCAGAGAGGGGUGAGGAGCAUCAGGGUAUAAGGUGACCCUCUGUCUUAGUACUCUAGAUUUUCCCUCAGGUAAGGCAUCAGUUAUAGGAUAGCUUAGAAGCAGGCUUAGGAUCAUGCUGCUUUAUUGCUCUUUUGAAUGUAUGGAUCAGAGGCAGGUGGCUGACAAUAGUCACUGAGAAUGAGCAUCAUCAGGCCUACCCUGUAGAAACUGUGACAGCACGAUGGGUGGGGCCACACUGGUGACCAUGUAUUUUACCUAGACUCGCACCCAAGGGCACAGGCUGGGCUGUUUAUUUCAGGUUAGGGUACAGACCGUGACUUUCCAUCUGUUGGAUGUGUAGCUAGCUAAUGUUUUGGGCAAGUGCCUUGUGGUUCCUGGCAAAUACUAAAUCUCAUCUGGCUGAAAGCUCCAGGGGAUAACUGCACUGUCACCUCUUUCCUGGAAUAACUUGGAUUAAUUCAAGAGAGUCCAGAAUUUUCUUGGCUUACCUUAAAAAAAUGUGUAAAACUAUUUCAGUUGGACUUAUUUCAGAAUUGCAUAUUGAUGGAAAGGCCUGUUAUCUGGCACAUCUAAUUCGGAGAUCUAGUUUCAUUUAUCAGGUUCCUUUCUCAAUGCUUACUGAUCCAGCUCUCUAUUUCUUGUAAGUUGUGGUCACUUAACACACCAGCCCUUGGUGACUUCUAACUCAGCAGAAUCCUGAUUUCUCGAGGUGCUCAGCAAGUCGCCUUCCUUUGCCUAGGGUCUGCUACUCUUCUCCCUUGGCAUUCCCUGUCUCCUCAAGCACUGCUCCUGUUGAGUCUGUCAUGUAGAGCUUACCUGGUAGAUUUUAGACUUUUUGGAGGUUGGGUGUUCGAGGCAGGGAUUCUCUGUGUAGCCUUGUCUGUCUUGGAACUAGAUUUUAGAUUCUCAAUCAUAGAGAAACUUGAAUAUUUUAGUUUUUAGAGUGUCCCCAUUUUUUAAAAAACUAAUUUUGAUCCUUCCUCUACCUUAUAUGAUAGGCGGGAUCAUGAUUUUUAUCCUUGCCGCUUCCCCCCAGAUGGUGUUCACCAAUGACUAAUGCUUCACACUAUGACAGGCAGUUGGCAGGUACUAGGUAUUAAAGAAGGCAAACAAUUUAGAGUAUUUUUGCUAUGACUUUAUAGGAGAAAUGAGCUGUCAAAAGAAAUAUGUACAAGCCAGGGAGAAUUUAGGAUAGAAAGUUUUUGGAGACAGGGUUUUGCAGUGUAGCCUAGACAGGCCUCCAGCUCAGGAUCUUCUGUCUCGGCCUCCCAAGUACUGGUUGUCACAGAUGUGCGCCAUCUUGCCCGGCUCUGUCAAGAAGCUGUUUUAUAGAUGGUCAUUUAGGUGAUUUUUCAGGAUGCAACACUUAACACAAAAGUUUACACACAUUUUGUUGUCCUGAUAAAAACUAUUCAUUUUCUAUAGCUCAGCACUUUCUCUGAUUCUUGUGCUGCUUAUGGGAACUAUUGUUUUAAAUUUGCUGUAUUUGUGCCUUUCAGAGAGUCAUAAUCAUGGUAGUUGUGUUUGCUGGCCCCACUCUAGAUGCUGGAGUUCAUGGAGUGUCACUCAAUGAUUGCUGGGGUGUUAGACUGGGUAGCAGUCACGAUGAUGCGAAGGACAAUUGGUGGUUCUCUGAACUGAGUUCCCAGUGUGUGCAUGGAGAGGCAGACGUGGUUUUACUUACCUUAGAGGUCAUUCAUCUCUGUUGUACAGAAGACAGCUGAUUGUGCUCUACUUCUCUGUUAAAGCAAAGCAAGCUACAUUCUUGGGAGAAGACUGGAAUUGUUUGUUCUUUUGUUUGUUCUUACUGAGAACCUGUGUGAGCAGCAGCUACUGCCACCUUCAGCUCCUGAUGGUCAGUGAGCAGGUCUCCCCAUUCGGUAAGAUCCUUGGUCGGAAUCACGUCCCUUCUCUGUCAGCUCCUCUUACAGUUCAUGAUACCAAGACAGCAUGCAGAGACAACGCGCAUGUGUUGACUCAGAUGCUCUUCAGUGACUUGAAUUCUUUCAGCUGUGUUACUCUAGUAGGUGGGUCAUCAGAAGGCUGUCAGAGGUAAGAACAAGGAAGACAAAGAUCGAUAUGAGCAGAGAGGAUGAAAAGUGGCUCCCUUACUGCUGUCAGUGAUCUUCCACAGAGAGGUCGUGCUCUAAGAAUCUAGACUUGUUACCUGUAGUGUAAAACCAUUGUCUUUCUUAUACAUUCCUCAUCCUUGUUUCCCCGAAAGAUUAUUGUCAGGGUUUAUGAGGCCAGAUUAAAUAUCCAUAUUCAGUUUCUCUGAUUUUUUUUUUUAAGAA